AUGAGCGACUUUCCUGAACAGACAAAGACGUUUGCUGCCAAAGUCGGGUUUCUCGAUCCUACACAGAGACGCAAGCUCUUGAACGAUCAUCUCAGAGAGUAUGCGUACUACCAUUUCGAGAAGGAUCCAGACUGGACGUUUGAAGAGGAAAAAGAAUACCGUGCCUGGGCUCAAACUGCCGAAGGCACAUUCCUGGACCUCUUUCGCGGGAGACCAUUCUUCAACAACCGUACAGAGCUGAAGUCAUACAUGUACACGGCUUAUAAGAACGGCACCGGGGUUGAGAUCUCUAACGACAUGGAGACUUGGUCUAAUGAGCUUAUCGCUGCACAAACUUCCUCUUUGCAGCUGGCUGUCAUCGAGACGGACUGGGCACUUCGACUUCGAAGGGCUCUCAGUCCUUUCUUAUCUGCCAGCAACUCAUCGACUCGAGAACCGUGCCUCUGGCCACUCGUGUUCAAGGUCAGGUGA